UGAUGCACGAGGGAGGGCUGGACAAUAAGACAAAACCUCUUGUGGCGAUAAAAGUAGGACAUCACUCACCCGUCCUAAGGCUUCAAACUUUAAUUUUUGCGAUUUCCGAUCUUCUUCCCUUAGCUUCCAUCCGCUUCACUAACAACUAAAUCCCAUACCAUCUGAUUUGAUCUAUCUGUGAUGUGUUUUACGUUGUAGAGUGUGAAAGCUAGGCUGUAAAUAUUGAUCGAGGAAGAUAAGGUGUACGAUACGAUCGAUAAUGUUAAACACUCUGUGUGGGAGCAUGGGAAGUUUGAGCAGUGAGGUGGGGAACCUAAAGAUUGAGGAACCCAGCAGCAGCGUAAAGCGUGAAAAUUCAUCAUUGCUGUCAUCUUGUUCUACUCUGCUGCAUCAAUCGGACAAGGUUCCUGUUCCUCUCCCUGCAGCAGCAUCCGAUUAUGAAGACCACAGUAGCGUUGUUAAUGGCGUCUGCAGCUUCCCCGCCGUCAAAUUCGAGGUGUCGGCGGGGGGCGAUGACAUAUCCCCCGAUGAUCAGUCAUACUGGGAGUCAUUUUUCGCGGAUCAGCUUGAGGGGGAUUUUAUGAUCUCUUCCCCUGUUAGGAGCAAUAUGGGCGCCUCUCCUCAGGUUUCCAGCUUUAUGAACGAUGUUCAGAUGAUGAUCACGUCUCCGGUCAGGAACUGCGGCUAUCACCAUCAGAAUAAUGGAAUCAUCAUGUCUUCCCCUCCCCGGAUGAUGAUGGCCAUGUCUCCUCUAGGCCCCGGCCCCGGCCCCGCCCAGAACAACAAAGGCAAAGGGUUGAGCCCACUCCACCGGGUAUUCAACUCUCCCAACGCCCAACACUUGAUGCAAAUGCAAACCCACGACUUCUCCCACCUGCCCGCUCUCGACAACUUGCUAGCAGAUUUUGACGGUGACCAAGACGACAAUGAUUUCUCCUCCUCUUACUACUCCUCCACCACCUUAAAGCACCUCCCUGCAGCAGCAAGCUGCAGCAGCGUUCUAUCGGAGUCGUUGUUGGACUGCGGCGGCGGCGGCCUGCAGCUGCCCAGCCGGCCCCUGCAUUCUUCGGCCUCGGUAUCAUCGCUCCAAGCUCCAGCACUGCAAGGUAGCUGCUCACAAGAAGACGAUGACAUAAUUUACCAGACGACUACUACUGCAGCUACUGGUGGAUGUGGAUCCCUCCAUAUUGCACCUUUGUCGCACCAACUACGAGAGGAGCGCAACCAAGAACAACAACAGCAGCAUAAUAUUAUUAGACGUAACCUCCAGUCCAUCAUUGCCGCCCCUCCUGCACCCUUAGUUCUUCCUCUCUCUGCUCCUCCCGCCGAGGAGGAAGAAGAGGAGGAGCAAGACAGUGGAUUGCAACUGUUGCACCUUCUGUUAGUGUGCGCAGAAGCAGUAUCCAAAGAGAAUUACAUGUUAGCUCGGAGAUACCUCCACCACCUGAACCGAGUGGUGACGCCCCUCGGAGACUCCAUGCAACGCGUUGCGUCUUGCUUCACCGAGGCCUUGAGUGCAAGACUAGCCGCCACUCUCGCCUCUGCCUCGGCUAAAUCCAAUAAUAGGCCCUUCAACCCUCCCUACCCUCCAAACUCCCUUGAGAUCCUCAAGAUCUAUCAAAUCCUUUACCAGGCUUGCCCUUACGUCAAGUUCGCCCAUUUUACUGCUAAUCAGGCAAUCUUCGAGGCAUUCGAGGCUGAAGAACGGGUGCACGUAAUCGACCUUGAUAUACUCCAGGGCUACCAGUGGCCGGCUUUCAUGCAGGCCUUGGCGGCCAGGCCUGGCGGCGCCCCGUUUCUCCGGAUCACCGGAGUGGGGCCCUCCCCGGAAGCAGUCCGAGAGACGGGUCGAUGUUUGACAGAGCUAGCCCACUCCCUCCACGUCCCCUUCGAAUUCCACCCGGUGGGAGAGGAGCUGCAAGACUUAAAGCCCCACAUGUUUAACCGGAGAGUGGGAGAGGCGUUGGCGGUGAACGCGGUGAACCGCCUCCACCGGGUUCCGCCAAACUGCGUGGGGAACUUGUUAGGCAUGAUCAGAGACCAGGCACCCAACAUCGUGACCAUCGUGGAACAAGAAGCGAACCACAACGGGCCAUACUUCUUGGGGCGGUUCCUGGAGGCGCUGCAUUACUACUCGGCAAUCUUCGACUCGCUGGACGCGACUUUCCCGGCGGAUUCUUCCCAGAGAGCGAAGGUGGAGCAGUACAUAUUCGCGCAGGAGAUAUGGAACAUAGUGGCUUGCGAGGGAGCGGAGAGAGUGUAUCGGCACGAGCGGCUGGAGAGGUGGAGGAGAGUGAUGGAAGGGAAGGGGUUCAAAGGGGUGCCUCUUAGCGCCAACGCUGUCACGCAGUCAAACAUAUUGUUGGGUUUGUAUUCCUGCGAUGGGUAUAGGUUGACGGAGGAUAAAGGUUGCUUGCUUUUGGGGUGGCAGGACAGACCCAUUCUUGCUGCGUCUGCAUGGAGAUGUUGAUAUAUAUAUAUAUAUAUAUAUAUGCCAAGCCACCACCUCCUCCUCAGCUCCUCUAUCACUGGCUUUAUAUUUUUCUUGAA